AUGGAAAGCGAAAAACAAGUUUUUGAAAGAGAAUCACCACGUCGGCCCUGGAGAAGUUGCAAGUUGAUGAUUGAUCCCGUGCUUACAAAAGGACUAUACAAAGUGUACCGCUAUGAUGGGCACGAGUUUAACAUUCCCGUCGACGACCUGGGUUUGUUUCCAGUGGAUUCUGUGAGAGAUCCACGCAUCUGCCGCAUGUGGAGCAAAUGCGUCAAGAAUGACCUUUCGGUUCCCAAAUUUAAGAUAGAUGAGUUUUACAUAGGUCCUGUUCCUCCUAAAGAAGUGACAUUUUGUAGGCUGAAUGACAAUGUAAACAAGGCCUUCCUGACUAAUAUGUGUAAUAAAUAUGGCCAUAUUGAAGAAGUGGAAAUUUUCUACAAUCCAAAGAACAAGAAACACUUAGGUAUUGCAAAAGUUGUUUUUGACACUGUGAGGGCCGCAAAGGACGCCGUUCAUCACCUCAACCAAACUUCAGUGAUGGGCAACAUUAUCCAUGUGGAAAUUGACCCAAAAGGUAAAAACAGGGUGCGCUACCUCAAGCUUCUCUACAACGGUCUCUACACUCCAUGGAGUUUACCAUUGGGAAGUAAUGACGAAAGUCUUCAAAACUUAAUCGACAAUUUAAUGUGCAAUUUUCCCCCACAGGGACAAGAUAGCCCAAUCAGCUUAAUGACUCCACACUCUCUCGACACAGCGUAUUCCAGUAUUAAUCAGGACACUCCUUUUAGCUUUGGGCUAACUCCCGGCUCGCAGGGAACCCCCCGCACUCCUUGCUUAUCUGCGACUCCUCUCUCCCAGGACUCAUGCUACUCCAGUCUUCAGGGCACUCCAAUCCUCCAGGGGGAGCCCCAGAUUUACAGUGUUCACAAACCACUCAGAAGAGAGAUUUGCUUUCGUAAAUCCACAAAGUCUCACUGGGGAGCUAGUGAAAUCCCUGAGGUGAAUUUAAAUUUUAAAAACCACCAACUUCCUCCUUCCCUCCCACUGUUUACCCAGAGUAGUACGAAGCAUAUUACACCAAAGGAGAAGACUGAAAACGCUCAGAAUCAUGCAAAAGAAACCUUUGAACUUAUGUCCCCAUGCCCAGAAUCAAUGCAUGUGGUCAAAACUACCUCAUUAACUAUAAACUCUUUGAGCACCCUGAGCACCAACCUGGCAGCCAACAAGCAGGCAGACGUGGCCUUCCCACCUAGCAACUGUGCAGACACAGCAGAUUUACCGAAGUCCGAAGGGAGUUUUGUCCGUACAACCCCCCAACCACAGACCCUAGAUGCCCGCAUACAAAGUUUGUUGACAACCUCACCGAGUUUACUCCUGAACUCCCAACUCGUAGAUAGCUCAGACAAGACUUUAAAGACUGUCAGUCCAACACAGUUCGUUGAAGAGGAUGAAACUUCCCAAGCUGUUUUUUUUCUUACAUCCCAAAGAGAUGUGGAGUGUCCCUCUGUGUGUAAUUUCACAAAAUAUGAAGAAACCAUGGGUAGAAACAGUAAAACGGAUGCACAGAAUUCCGAGGCACUGCGUCCCAAGGGUCUUCACUUAUCAAAUGUGGAUGAAGGGAACUCUGAAACGUCUUUUUCUCAGCCCCUGCGUUCUCCUGCUAUCAUACAAAGCCUCCAAAAUGGCACCAUUCCAAUUCCACUGCCGUGCCGGACCCUUCCUCCUGGCCAUCAUAGCAGCAUCCACACCUCUACUGCCUCAGUUUCAUCCCCUUCUGUUUUCUCGGUACCCCAACCUCCUUUGAUGGACCAGGGCAAGCCACCACCUUGUGGACCACAUUACACCAAUUCACAUUUUUCUUGUGUCAAGCCUCUAGUACCACCUCCAGACUACCCACUCAUGAGAGAAAAACAUCAUCAUGUCACAGUUAAAAAUGUUAUAAAGGCGCUCAUGAAUGAACUGAAGUCAAUUAUCAAGAAAGACAUUACACGCAGAAUGAUUGAGGGAGUGGCAUUCAACGUGUUUGAAGACUGGUGGGAUGAUCAAGAGAAGAAAAGAAAGACAUUGGCUUUGCCUUUAAAUGAGAAGAAAAACAACAGUAUAAAUCCUCUGAAAAGCAUCAAUGGCCAGAACAAGAAACCUCCUCUGCCCUCCUUCAAGAUUAAGAAGAAAAGAGAUGACAAUCCUGCAAUUCUAGAAGUGAUAGAAAGUAAAGAGCCUGAUGGAACUGAAGGGGACAAAGUGUUGGAACCGACAUAUUGUCUCAGUCGUAAACGGAGACUCGCAAGACGACUUGAAAGUGAUGAUGAUGAUGACAAAGAUGAAGAAUACAACAUACGUCAAGUGGAGGAAAAGGAAAGUGUAACAGAUAAAGAGUCAAAGGAUGGACCUAAUGAAGAUGAAGUGCACAUUUUGUGUGAAAAGGAAGAUCUUGUAAACAAUGAUGACGGUAAUCAUCAGAAUGAAGAGAAGGACAUUGAAAUACACACAUCAUCUGAAGACACGUGCCCAGAUCCAGAUGAUGUUUUCUCCGCUGGCAGUGAAACAUGUUCACAGUCUGGCUCGUCAAAAGAAUCCUCAGGCGACUCAGACUCCCCGUCCUCUUUUACUUCAGAGAGUUGUGUAGACUUAUCCUACUCUGAGUUCAGCUCUGAAGAUGAUUUAGAUGAUGUCAAGGAUGAUGAAGGUUUGGAGUGUAUAGUAAUAUCAGAUGAGGAGUCCAUGGAACUUGAGCCUCCUGUAACACCCUCAGCCCCACUCACUCCUGGUGCUCAGCUGGAAAUGUUACACCAGGACUUGUCAGAUUCAUGUACUGGAGAGAAAGCAGGGGAAAAACAGUGCAUUUAUCAAGAGCCACCAUCAUAUGCUGACCCUGCAGUGCCUGUGGAACCUGAUGUGGAAAUAGAGAGGCGUGAAUGGACCUUUGAAUCUUUAGAGUACAUCUCGAGGCCUCUCACUCCUACCGGCUGUUUAUCUGAUAGUGAUCCUGACCUUUUGAUCAGAAGCAAACCAACAUCACCAGAUGUGACGGAGGUAGAACGACCACAGACCCCAGGCAAGGGAAUAGCAUCUCAAUUAGGAAGUGAAGAAUCAGGGGAUGACAGUCUAAUGCCAACUGUGAGUGAAUUAAAUCUACCAUCAUCUGCUUCAGCAGGUGUAUCUUUAUUGUUUGAUGAACCACCAAAGACCCCAGGUAGAGAGGACAUACUUGCUCUGAAUCAUACCAGUGGUGUGAGGGUCUCAGCAACACCAAGACUUGAGAGCAUUACACAUUUUAGAAAUUCAUCACUGUAUAGACAUCAAUUUGUCUUACCACCAAAGACCCCUGGAAGAGAUAUCAUUCUCCAACGAAGAGCCUUAGUCCGUAGAAGAAAGACCAAUAUAGUGAACACUUCACAAUCCCAUUUAUGUGACAAUUUCCUUGGAUUGUCAUCUCCAUGUGACCUGUCUGAGUCCUCCUCUGAUGACGGAGGAGUGAGAACAUGGUCAGGUAUGAGAGAGAUACCUCUGCAAAGACUGGAAAACAUGCCGGGUUUUCUCUAUAAGGGAAGUAGGAGGAAAACGAAAAGGAGCCAUAAACAGUGGAAGAGAAGAAAAAGAGGCUGGGCGAUCCACCACUACUCUUGUCGUAGUCCUCACAAAUUGCGGUCAGUGCGAGAGGAGAGGAGGAUACUUCACAGUAUAUGGAAGGACGGUCUGGAUGAAGAGGAUAGGAGGUUGCUGCAUUGCACUUAUGAAAGGCUGCAAGAGCGGGAUGAUGAGUGCAGCUGGCUUAGUGACACCCUCUGGAUCGCCCAUCCUCUGACUAAAGGUAUAGAGAUUAACGAAGAACACCAGUCAUGGCAGCAAUACCACAUUACAGGUUCAGCUCGCAGUGAGGGCUUCUACAAAAUCAACUGGAGGGAUAAACUUGAAUAUCGUAACCAAGCAAGAUUUACUGAGCUUCCGUCGACAAGCUAUCAAGUAUUUACCCUGACGCAGCCGGCUGCACUUCGAGCUGGAUCAGACUUCAGGUCGGAACAACGUCGUCUGCUGUCAUCUUUCAGCUGUGAUAGUGACUUGGUGAAGUUUAACCAACUCAAGUUUCGAAAGAAGAGGAUUCGUUUCAGCCGAAGUCACAUUCACGAUUGGGGUCUCUUUGCCCUGGAGGCAAUAGCAGCAGAUGAGAUGGUGAUUGAGUAUGUAGGCCAAGUAAUCAGACAGAAUGUUGCUGACAUGAGAGAGCGCAGAUAUGAAGAAGCAGGCAUUGGAAGCAGCUAUUUGUUCCGGGUGGAUCAAAACACUAUAAUUGAUGCCACAAAAUGUGGUAAUUUAUCCAGAUUCAUCAACCACAGCUGCAAUCCAAACUGUUAUGCGAAGAUAAUCACUGUGGAAUCCCAAAAGAAGAUAGUAAUCUACUCGCGGCAGACGAUAGGCAUCAAUGAAGAAAUCACGUAUGACUACAAAUUUCCAAUUGAGGACACAAAGAUUCCUUGCUUGUGCGGAGCUGAAAACUGUCGAGGCUCUUUGAACUGA